AUGAAAACAAACAGCAAAGUGAGGAAGACAAAGACCCUUCUAAGAACUCCCCUCUCUCUUUCUUCCCCACAACCGCAAGACGACAGCCCCAUCAGGGCCAUAGCUUGUCUCAAUAAAAUAACCGACAUGAGGCGUUUCGAGGAAAAUGAGGAUUGCUUCAUCCUAGGAUUUGAUCCUUCCGACCCUGUUCCCCUUUUGUCAGAUGCUCCUGCUAACCUCCACGAUGCCGAUGAUCUCUUCGUCAUUGCUGAAAAGGGCCAGGUUGCUUGCAGGGAUUACCCGCACUCAAGACAUCUGUGUGUCAAAUUUCCAUUCAAGACAACGCCUCAUGAGAACUAUUGUGCAAAGUGCUACUGUUAUGUUUGUGAUUCGGCUGCCCCAUGUAAGUACUGGACCAUUGCCCGGCAUUGCGAUGCAGAGAGUGCUGGUUACUGA